CAUUAAGAUUUGCGACCCCGCAAACUUUGUAAAGGGCAAAAUUAUACAGUUGUUCCUGGAGGAUCUUCAUAUUUGGUAAGGAGGGUCUCGAUUCUUUGUAUUCCGAAGUCCAAACCAAGUGCUGCUUGUUAUACCCACUGCCUUGCAUUUCAACGCACAAAAGAAAGAGAAAUUUGCAUCAAAUAGUAGUCGUAACGGAUCCGUUGAAAAGAAAAAAAAACUAAGCAAGUCAAGAAAACUCAAGUGACGUCACACUGGAUUUGAUCUGAUUUUUAAGAGAUCCUUCUACUUUAUAACACAUAUACCUAUUACCAUAUAGAAAAUGACUUUGCUUACUAGCGUUUCUGGUUUUGCAGCCUUUGGUGUCCUUGUCCGUACUUAUGCUUUAGGGCUUCAAAAGCGUCCCUUAUUCUCAAAUCCUAGUGGUCAUCUUCUAGCUGCUGGUGUAUUUGGUGGUGUUGGUUAUUUUUUUUACAAUCUACAAGAAAGACAGGCUGCACAAAUCGCUGAAAAGAAAGAAAUCUUAUUAAAACGCAGAGCACAAGCCGAAAAUCUAGCAGCAUCAGAAUAAAUAAGAAUAAUACAACGGAUGACAACAUAACGAAUGUGAUAAGACGGUAUAUACAGUGCUGAAGCGGCUCACAUAUAUUGAUACACGCAUACAAACAUUCUAAUUUGUCGAGAGAAAUAAAAGAGACAUGAUAUCCCCUCUGCUUGAUAGUAGAUAAAAGAGUACACAACAAA